GUGACAUUGUCCAGUUGAUGUGAUGACGGAUGGCUGCUAGAAAUCCCGGUCCUAUAAUUUUGGACCCUCCUUUUGGGUUUCCAUCUUUCAAAAACUGGGUUCAGCGUGAUGCAUUGUCACGCCGUCUGUUCCGCGAGUCGGAAGUCAACACACGCGUUUACAAGGUAGUGUACCGUAAUAUGGGCUUAAAGGGUCACAUACCUCUGGAUAACAAGGUUGGACUAUAUAGAAUCCGUAUGCGUUGUAUUUUUGGUGGAUAUGGCCACGGAGUGUUCAGGUUCACUCGAAUGUCGAAGAUGGCAUUUCAACAGGUUGCUAGGGAGGGUUGGCUACGCCGUUACGGACAUCGCCCUGAUCUAUUUAGAUGAAACAUUCACGUAGAGCAUCUAGUAUAACGAAUGGACACCCGUAUGCUUCUGUUGAAAUACGCUGUUGCCGGUUGCAUUCCAUAUAAGCAAAAUCUAUCGCACAUCGCUAUGGUUAGCAACCGAAAGCAAUCAUCAAACCUUUUGAAUAUUCUUUCAAAUGAUUAAAAUCUCAUUACAUAGU